AUGAUACUGCUAAAUGCAGUAGGCAGCGGAUCUGUGAGAUUAUUUUUUCCACAUUGCUUGUAAUCAUAUAUAUUAACUAAGAACCUCUGGAAACAUCAUCACAUCUGCAAGCUGACACCGGUUUCAUAAGAGAACAUUUACUCUCAUGAAAAAACGACUUUAGAAAUAUUUCUUUGUAAUAUUUGGCAUCCCAAACUUUGACAUCUACACCACAGUUUAAAAUAAAGUUUGAGAAGUGCAACACAAGUUCAUUAAAAUGGCUCCAGCAGUGUGUUUGGCAACUUUAAAGGACAUUUACUUUUUAAAAAUGGUAACAGUGUAGCUAUUUUGCUGCCCUCUGCAGGUACUGAAAGUGCAACUGCACGAAUUACAUUUAGGUUUUCCUAAUUUUCAUUUUAAAUCAUUAUUAUUUGCAUUUAAAAUGUAAAAUAAAAAGUUGUAGACUAGCUAGAUUUAACAUAAAAAAUCCAUGUCUCUUAACACUACAUAACAGAGUCAUUAAGGUCACUGAAUCAAAACCAGUACUUUAGCUUGCCAGUGUGGGUUGAUUCUAUGGGCCACAAACAAGGAGUCAGUCAGCAUUAAUGACUGAGAACCUUCACAGUCAGUCAGCAUUAAUCAUAAACAAAACGGUGAAAUAAAACCAGAUUCUUGUAUCAAAAAAUGUAAAAAGGUUAUUGUCAGAAGUGGGAUUCGAACCCACGCCUCCAGGGGAGACUGCGACCUGAACGCAGCGCCUUAGACCGCUCGGCCAUCCUGACUUAUAAACACAAAUGGCUAGACCAUCUUUUAAAGUCGAUCAUAGCAAUCUGCACACUUAUAAUUGUGUUAUUGUAUAUUGUGCUACUAAAACAACAAUUCAUCCCACUGUGAAGGCGCUGAACUGAAAUCAGAAAUCCUCUCUGUCAUUAGCAGGAAGCUAAAUAUCCAUUACAACAAUUGAAUAUGGCCUCCUUUGCUCCACACAACUUCUCCUGGGUGGAGCCAGGCAAACUGGCUGGACUGGCGAUGCCCAGGAUGCCAUGUGAAUACCGGUAUAUGGUGGACAAUGGCAUCAAGCACCUGGUUUGCCUCUGUGAGAGGAAACCACCCAACCAUGACUCAUGCCCAGAGUUACAGCUUCACCACAUCAAGAUAGUUGACUUUACUCCUCCUUCACCCAAUCAGAUUGAUAGAUUCCUCUCUAUUGUGGAAGAGGGCAACUCCAAGGGUGAGGGUGUGGCAGUUCACUGCAUGCAUGGUCAUGGGAGAACAGGGACAAUGCUGGCCUGCUACCUGGUGAAGACCAGGAAGAUUUCUGGGAUUGACGCGAUCAACGAGAUCCGUAGACUGCGGCAAGGUUCAAUUGAAACUCACGAACAAGAGAAGGCAGUGGUGCAGUUUUAUCAGCGCAUUAAGUAACAUUGAUUAACUGCUUCCACUAAAAGAAGCAGCAAAUAGUUACUGUUAAUAAGAAAAUGAUGUAAGAAGUGCCUUAACUACUCCUAAAUGAACAUUUUAUUACCUAUUAAUAGGAAAAUACAAGAAGGAACAACAGUGCUGAACAAUAUUGUGUUAAAAUUACCCACUUUUUGCCCUUGGGACAUUUGAUUAAUAGAUGCUGUCAUGAUGCUAGGAAAUAAUUACAUUUUUUUUUAAAUUUAAACAUUUUUGUCUUCUGAGCUUUCUGUUUAUGAACUGGACGCCAAGGAAAAAAGACGCUGGCGCUCCUUGAAUGUUAGCUUCUCAGGAGCCGACGCUCUCUUCAUUUUCUCCUCCUGGUUUCUGCAAAUACAACCAUCACAUCAGAGAUACCUGAAUUAUAUCACAUACGGGUGAAACAAAAACAUCCUGUGCUGUUUUAGAAUGUAUUUAUAAAGGGGACUUUACUUUAUAGAUUUAUUUUACUCAGGGAUAUUAUUCCGUUCUAUUUUGCACCACUGUGUGCAGAUGUAUCAUUAAGUCUUCUUGAGAAGAAAUGUGGCAUUAGUAGCUGCCUGUUAAAUUAGAUCAGGGAUGGGGAAUUCCAGGCCUCAAGGGCCGGUGUCCAGCAGGUUUUAGAUAUCACCUGGGUCAACACACCUGAAUCAAACGAUUAGUUCAUUACCAGGCCUCUGGAGAACUUCAUAACACGUUG